GUAUGGCACUACCUUUAGGCAAACCUCUCCUCCUUAGGAUAGCAUAUAGUUUUCUCCACAAACAUCUAUAAAUACAGGUUCAUUCCCCAGCUUCUUCCCUGCCUUUUCCUAUUCAUUGACUUGUGUUUUCCAAGCUGAUUUCUUUGAGUUCAAAUUUAUUAGGCCAUUGAAAUGGAUUUUCUUGGAGUUUGUCUCGUAGUCUUCCUAACCAUGUCCAAAACAAUUCAUGGCUAUGGAGGUGGAUGGUCUGAUGCUCAUGCUACCUUCUAUGGAGGUGGUGAUGCUUCUGGCACAAUGGGAGGAGCUUGUGGUUAUGGAAACCUCUACAGCCAAGGUUAUGGGACAAACACGGCAGCAUUAAGCACGGCUUUAUUCAAGAAUGGACUAACCUGUGGAGCUUGUUUCGAACUCAAAUGUGUAAAUGAUGCCAGGUGGUGUCUCUCAGGUUCUAUCAUAGUCACAGCAACAAAUUUUUGCCCUCCAAACAGUGCAGGAGGGUGGUGCAAUCCUCCUUCGCAACACUUCGAUCUUUCUCAGCCUGUUUUUCAACAUCUAGCUCGUUACAAAGCAGGAAUAGUCCCUGUUCUAUACAGAAGAGUUGCUUGUAGGAAAACUGGAGGAAUCAGGUUCACUAUAAAUGGUCAUUCAUACUUCAACCUUGUCCUUAUAACCAAUGUUGGUGGUGCUGGUGAUGUUGUGUCAGUCUCCAUCAAAGGAUCUAGAACUGGUUGGCAGCCAAUGUCUCGCAAUUGGGGCCAAAAUUGGCAGAGCAAUUCUUACCUGAAUGGUCAAGCACUCUCUUUCAAGGUCACAACAAGUGAUGGACGAUCUAUCAUCUCCAGCAAUGUGGCUCCUCCAAACUGGGCUUUUGGUCAAACCUUCCAUGGAGGGCAGUUCUAAAUUCCAUAUCCCAUGCCCAAACUAACUGAGACCACUUCAAAGUUUAGCCUUCAAGGGAAGAAGAUAUUGAUUAGUAUUGAAAAUUUCUCUUCUGGUUAGUUUAUAUAGGACCUGCAUACGUCAAAUGUGUUAAAAGUGUUUGUGACAUAGUUGACUAUGGUGUUACAGCUAUGGGCCCUUUUAGAAAUGGCCAUGGAUGCAUUCGUUGCCUUCCCUGCACAACCUACAAAGGGUUAGUGAAUUUGCUUGUAAAGAAAGUCUAAGCAAAACCUAGAUCAGUUUGAGACGUGA